AUGUGUGCGGAACACAUAAUCUCUCAAUCACGUUUUUCCAUGCUAGAGGGUAAAAUAGACUCUCGAAUAUUAAGAAAUUUAAAAGAUAUGGGUUUUGAGAAACCAACACAGAUACAAGCAAUAACUUUACCUCAUAUGCUGCUUGAUGAGGAUUUAAUAGGAGCAGCAAAGACUGGUAGUGGAAAAACUUUAGCCUUUCUAGUCCCAGUUGUUGAUAAAUUAAUUCAAAUGAAAUUUACAAAAGAAAAAGGUGUUGGGUGUAUAAUUAUUUCUCCAACAAGAGAGUUGGCUCUACAAACUAAUGAGGUCUUAAAAAUGGUACUGAGAGAUAUAAAUUUGUCAUAUGGUUUGUUUGUUGGAGGUGAAAAAAAGUUGAAAGAAACUUUAUUAUUGCAAAAAGGUGUAAAUAUUGUAGUUGGUACACCUGGAAGAAUCUUAGAUCAUCUAAAAAGUACUGAAAAGUUUAAAUGUCAUAAUUUGAAAAUCCUUAUCUUGGAUGAAGCUGAUAAAUUACUUGAAGCCGGUUUCCAAAACCAUAUUGAAGGAAUCAUAAAAAAACUACCAAAAAACAGACAAACAGUUUUAUUUAGUGCAACCAUAGAUGACAAGGUAGAAAAUCUAGCUCGGUUAGCAUUAAGAAGUGAUCCAAAACUCAUAUGUAUACAGGACGACAAACAAUCAACAGUUAAAAAUCUUCAACAAGGAUAUUGCAUUUGUCCCGUUCAAAAUAGAAUAUCUUGGUUGUAUAAGAUGUUGAAGAAAACUAGAAAAUUAAAAGUUAUAGUAUUUUUUUCCUCUUGCAAGUCGGUAGAUUUUCAUUACGAGUUCUUUAGAAAUCAUUGUAAAGCUUCAGUUUUUAGUUUACAUGGUAAACAAAGUCAACCCAGAAGGAAAGAAACUUUUGAAUCAUUUGUCAAUACUGAUAAGGGUGCAUUAUUUUGCACUAAUGUGGCGGCUAGAGGUUUAGAUAUACCAUCUGUGGAUUGGAUUGUGCAAUAUGAUCCUCCUACCGAUAUAAAGGAAUAUAUCCAUCGUGUCGGACGUACAGCUAGAGGUCUAAAUAGUGGUAACGCUGUUAUAUUACUAAGACCAGAAGAAGAAGAAUUUGUUGAAUGUCUAAAAAGGGAAAAAGUGUACUUGGACAAAUAUAACUUUGGUGAUCCCUCUAAUGACGUGCAAGUCAUGCUGGAAAAAAUAAUACAAUCAGACGGUACCAUGAAAAUACUUGCCCGUAAAGCAUAUUUGUCCUUCCUUAGAUGUUACAGUAAACAUCCAUUGAACGAAGUGUUCGAUAUAAAAACCUUAGAUCUGAAAUUAUCAUCACAAGCUUUUGGUUUCCAGGAACAACCACAUGUUGACUUCUUAACAUCAAGGAAACGAAAAUUAAAAAAUAAUUAG